AUGACUAUCUCCCAACGUCUCUUGAAUAAAGUUGCGAUCGUCACUGGUUCUUCUUCAGGCCUUGGUCGUGCUAUUGCAAUUGCUUACGCUCGAGAGGGCGCUCGUGUGGCUUGUGCCGACCUUAGACCUGAGUCUCGACCACAUAUUCAUGACGAAACCACGAUUAAUACAGAUGAACUUAUUCGAAGGAACGGUGGCUUCGCCAUAUUUGUUCCGACAGAUGUUGGAAACUCCAAGAAAAUGAACCAUCUGAUCCACAGUGCUGUCUCGGAGUUUGGGAGAUUAGACGUUAUGGUCAACAAUGCUGGAAUCUCGAUCGAGGCCCAUGAUCCUCAGCCAAUUCAUACAACGACUGAUGAUACUUGGGAUUUGACUAUGCAAGUCAAUGCCAGAUCUGUAUUUUUGGGGACGAAAUUUGCAAUCGCCCAGAUGCUUAAACAGGAACCACUUCAGCCUCCCGGUGACCGGGGAUGGAUCAUAAAUAUUUCAUCUAUAAUGGGAUCAAUUGCCACGGAGGGCAACCCCUCAUAUUGUGCUUCCAAGGGAGCUGUGAGCAGUUUGACGAGACAGGUUGCAGUGGAAUAUGCGAAACAUCGAAUUCAUUGUAACUCGAUCAGUCCUGGUUACACUCAAACAGCAAUAUUUGCGGAAACGACAGGCAGUGGAAUGUCAUCUCUUCAUGAUUUGCGGCGCAAACACCCAUUUGGAGGUCCAGGAAAGCCUGAAGAUAUAGCAAAAUUUGCUGUCGUGCUGGCUAGUGAUGAUGCCGCCUGGGUGUCAGGCGCUAAUAUGUUCGUUGAUGGUGGUUAUACUGCGAGGUAG